CAACGCCCUGCCAUUCAGCAUUCUAUACGAUUAACAUCUUGACGACGCAUAUCACGGCCGCAGCAGAUCCCCCCAAAGCACCACUAUCGAUUCUCCCUUCUCCUCCCUUUGCAGCCCCGCUGAGAGCCCGCCCAAGAUGGCGCUCGACGAGUACUACCGCAACAAGAUCGAGGCGAUGAAGCUAGAGAUCCUCAAGGGUCAAGCUGCCCUCCGCCGUCUCGAGGCCCAACGCAAUGACUACAAUUCCCGCGUGCGGUUACUGAGAGAAGAGCUGGGCCUGCUACAACAGCCCGGAUCCUACGUUGGAGAGGUCGUCAAAGUGAUGAGCACCAAGAAGGUUCUCGUCAAGGUACAUCCCGAAGGCAAAUAUGUUGUCGAUGUCUCCGACAAUGUCGAAAUCGCCAAGCUUACCCCCGGAAAGAGAGUCACACUGCUGUCAGACAGCUACAAAUUGGAAAAGAUGCUGCCGUCAUCGGUCGAUCCCCUGGUAUCGCUCAUGAUGGUAGAAAAGGUCCCCGACAGCACAUACGACAUGAUUGGUGGAUUGGAUCAGCAGAUCAAGGAGAUCAAGGAGGUUAUAGAGCUGGGUCUGAAGCACCCGGAGCUAUUCGAAUCUCUGGGCAUUGCCCAGCCCAAGGGUGUCCUGCUAUACGGACCCCCAGGUACAGGAAAGACUCUGCUGGCCAGAGCUGUAGCCCACCACACAGCUUGCAAGUUUAUCAGAGUCUCUGGUUCAGAACUGGUGCAGAAAUACAUUGGUGAGGGUAGCCGAAUGGUCCGAGAGCUCUUCAUCAUGGCCCGAGAGCAUGCCCCCUCAAUCAUCUUCAUGGAUGAAAUCGACAGCAUUGGUUCCUCUCGAGUUGAGGGCUCAUCGGGUGGCGACUCCGAGGUCCAGCGAACCAUGUUGGAGCUGCUCAACCAGCUGGAUGGCUUCGAGCCCACCAAGAACAUCAAGGUCAUCAUGGCCACGAAUCGUCUCGACAUUCUCGACCCCGCUCUGCUGCGACCCGGCCGUAUCGACCGCAAGAUCGAAUUCCCCCCGCCUAGCAUCGAGGCACGAGCCGACAUUCUCCGAAUCCACAGCCGAAAGAUGAACUUGACCAGAGGCAUCAACCUCACCAAGAUUGCAGAGAAGAUGAAUGGCUGCUCUGGAGCCGAGCUGAAGGGUGUGUGCACAGAAGCGGGCAUGUACGCCCUCCGUGAGAGGAGAGUGCACGUCACACAAGAGGAUUUUGAGCUGGCAACGGCCAAGAUUCUCAACAAGCAUGAUGAUAAGGAGGUUUCCCUGGGCAAGCUAUGGAAGUAAUUGGGUCGUGUUUUCUUCAGCAAAUACAUACAAAAAUACACACACAAAAAUUGUAUGCCGCGCGACCUCGGUUUUGUUUUAUAGAACAGAAUGGCAGUAACGGAAUUGGAGUUGUAAGGAUAGUUGAAUUAUACCAUUAUUCGGGUAUUAACCCCACAGCUCCCAUUCGCCCUUUCAACAUCUUUAGG